CUAUCAAAACUGGGCACUCGUGUACAACCAGUAGACCACCGCCAUCGUAUAACCUAUACUUACACAGAAGAUGACUGCAUUUAGACAUGCCCGCAAAGGCAGAGAGCUUCCCAGGGGAAAACAGAUAAUAUUGUGCUGGACUGGAACUGCACUUGCCAAGACCUGGACCCUACAAUCGUCUACUAUACAGCCAUGUUCUGCUAUUAACUCUUUGGCC